ACGACUGAGAACCGUGGCGACGAGAAGUGUUGUGGGACCAGUCACGGAGCGGGCCGAGUGCUUGUCGGAGAACAGGGCGCAGAAACGGGGGCAGCCGCAGAAGAGCAGGGGGGUGUGUUCAGCGUGUUUGUCCGAAACGGGAGCACAACACGGCGUGGAUGAAAGAGGCAAACUGGCGGAUUUCAACAUGGCAUCCGGAGAUACGCUGUACAUCGAGACAGACGGCUCGGAGAUGCCGGCCGAGAUCGUGGAGCUCCACGAGAUAGAAGUGGAGACGAUACCGGUGGAGACCAUCGAGACCACGGUUGUCGGCGGAGACGACGACGACGACGACGAGGACGAAGACGGGCAGCCCAUGAUCGCGCUCCAGCCGCUGGUCACUGACGACCACAGCUCCAUCCACCACCACCACCACCACCACCACCACCAGGAGGUGAUCCUGGUCCAGACUCGGGAGGAGGUGGUCGGCGGGGAUGACUCGGACCUCCAUACGGACGGUGGUGAUGGAUUCGAGGACCAGAUCCUCAUCCCGGUGCCGGCUCCGGGGGUGGAGGACGAGUACAUCGAACAGACUUUAGUCGCCGUGGCUGGAAAGAGCUCGGUGGGACGAAUGAAACGGGGAGGCGGCGCGGGUGGGAAGAAAACGGGCAAAAAGAGCUAUUUAAGCGGAGCCGACGGAGGUGGGAGGAAAUGGGAGCAGAAGCAGGUGCAAAUAAAGACUCUGGAGGGGGAAUUCUCCGUUACGAUGUGGGCAUCGGGUGACAACAAAGACAUCGACCACGAGUCGGUUGUGGAAGAGCAGAUCGUCGGGGAGAACUCCCCCCCGGAUUACUCCGAGUACAUGACCGGGAAGAAACUCCCCCCCGGCGGCAUUCCCGGGAUCGACCUCUCGGAUCCCAAACAGCUGGCCGAGUUUGCGAGAAUGAAGCCCAGAAAGAUUAAAGAAGACGACGCCCCUCGGACGAUAGCUUGCCCUCACAAAGGCUGCACAAAGAUGUUCAGGGAUAACUCUGCCAUGAGGAAGCAUCUCCACACCCACGGACCGCGCGUCCACGUCUGCGCCGAGUGCGGCAAAGCCUUCGUGGAGAGCUCCAAGCUCAAACGUCACCAGCUGGUCCACACGGGGGAAAAGCCCUUCCAGUGCACCUUUGAAGGCUGCGGGAAACGGUUUUCUCUGGACUUCAACCUGCGCACGCACGUGCGCAUCCACACCGGAGACCGGCCCUACGUCUGCCCGUUCGACGGCUGCAAUAAGAAGUUCGCUCAGUCCACCAACCUCAAGUCCCACAUCCUGACACACGCCAAAGCCAAGAACAACCAAUGAGGGACGCCCAUCCAUCCGGCGGAGCCGCAGACGGGGAGGGAAAAGCUCCAGACUUUUCAUUUAUAAGACAAAAAAGAAUCUGACAAGACUUAGAAACGCUGAGAGUCACAGACCCCCUCCCUCCCUCCCUCCAUCUUUGUUUUCCUGCUGUCAAAUCGGAUGAGGAUCAGAGUGAACGCUCCCUGGAACCUGUGGACGAACAUCAGACACUUCUUUUUACCACAGAGAUUAGUAAAGCACCGCUUCAUUCAUGUUUUUAUUUUGUUGCACCCCUCCCAUCUUCAAGUGUGCACAUUGUACACUUUCCUCAGGCUGUUCGGUAAAAUUGUGAUCUUUUUUUCUUCAGCUCGGUGAUGAGGAGCAGCCGUUUGUUUUCCCACACUUUGGGUUUCCUCCAAUCACGGAAUAACCUUGUAUACUUGUAUGCUUGUAUUAAAAAAAAAAGUAGGUGUUAGAGGUGUGAUUUCCAGUGGUAACCGCUUAAACUUUUUGUCACGAGUUGCUUUGUUUUCUAGUCCUCACCGGCGAGCGGGGGCCUAAAGGCGGCGCCGGCGCUCACGUGGAGGCGCAGCGCCCGACUGAUCGUGAGACGUCACUUCUUUGUUAGAAUGUAAUGUACAGAAGUCGGCCAUGACCUUCCUUUGUUGGUAUUUCCUCCACACAUGUAUCUCAGCAGCCCCCAAAUAAAAGAAGGCUGAUUCCAACAGUCGAGCUGCGCCUCA